AUGCGUGGGUCUAAAGUAUCCUUCAAGAUUACGCUGACUUCUGAUCCUAAACUACCCUUUAAAGUUCUCAGUGUACCAGAAUCGACUCCUUUUACAGCUGUUUUGAAAUUUGCGGCCGAAGAGUUCAAGGUCCCGCCUGCAACGAGUGCCAUCAUAACUAAUGAUGGUAUUGGUAUCAAUCCCUCACAAAGCGCAGGCAAUGUCUUCCUAAAACAUGGAUCAGAACUUCGACUAAUUCCACGAGAUCGUGUUGGUCUAAACUUGAUGUACUCCGCAUAG